UGUGCAUGCUCUCACUAUAUCAGCCAACAAGGGAUGAAGUUGGUUGGUGUGGCUCUGAUGUUUUGUGCAAUUACAGAUUUAAGAUCAGAGAUGUAUAAUGUUGUGGGACCUGCAGAACCUCUCUUUGCUCUCACUGGUGAAGAUGUGAUCCUGCCCUGUUCCAUCAAGCCCAACACCAGUGCUGUAAACAUGAGAGUGGAAUGGUUUAGAUUUGACCUUCAAGACUCAAUAGUGUAUCUCUAUGAAAAUGGUGAAAACAAAGUCACGAAGCAGAACCAGUACUUCAGAGGGAGAACAGCACUGUUCCAAGAAGAACUACAGAAUGGAAACGCAUCACUCAAACUCUCAUCAGUCCAAGUCUCUGAUGAAGGAGUUUACAAGUGUUUUAUUGAGUCCAACUCCUGGUAUGACGACAUCACUGUUAGUGUUGAUGUUGGAGCUGUAGGAACUCCUCCACUGAUCAUUGUAGAUGCGUUCGAUCAUUCAGGAGGGCUUCGUCUGCUGUGUGAAUGCGAGGGUUGGAACCCUAAACCUGAGCUUCAGUGGCUGGACAGUAAAGGAGAGAAUUUGACUUCUGAUACUGAAGAGACACAUAAAGAUACGAAGGGCUACAGCGUGAAACACAGGAUCACUGUACAUGACAGUGAGACCAAGUAUCAGUGUAGAGUCAAACUGAGACAUCAUAUGGUGCAAACUGACAUUAUUGUCUCAAGUAAACUAUUUCACAUUUGGAGAACAUCAGUCAUUUGCAUGUCAAUUACAGUUGUUCUCAGCAUCAUUACUGCAGUUGCAGUUGCUACUUUUGUUUACAUAAGAAGAGUUCGCUAUUUGAGGAGGAUUCAAAAAGAGUUCACAAAGAGAAGGAAAUAUGCAGCGGAUGUGACACUGGAUCCAGAUACAGCUCAUAAGUGUCUCAUCUUGUCUGAAGAUGGGAAACAAGUGCGACGUGGAGAAAAAAAACAGAAUGUCCCAGACAACCCUGAGAGGUUUGAUAAAUGUGGGAAUGUCCUGGGAAAGCAGGGAUUCUCCUCUGGAAGAUUUUAUUUUGAGGUGCAGGUGAAGGGGAAGACUAAUUGGGAUAUAGGAGUGGCCAGAAAAUCCAUUACCAGAAAGGGGAAGAUCACACUGAGUCCUCAGAAUGGUUACUGGACAGUGCGGUUGAGAAAUGGGAACCAGUAUAGUGCCUGUGCUGGACCCACUGUCUCUCUCUCCCUGAAAGUCAAGCCUCAGAAGUUGGGUGUGUUUGUGGAUUAUGAGGAAGGCUUGGUCUCUUUUUCUGAUGUGGAGUCCAGGUCUCAUAUCUACUCUUUCAUCGAUCAGUGGUUCACUGAGGAUCUCUAUCCGAUCUUAAACCCAUGUACAAACAUUAAAAGCAAAUACUCUGCCCCACUGAUCAUCUCAUCUGUUAAUUUCAAUGAGUGA